AUGAGCACACCAGUUAAAACCCCAAACAAAUUAUGCCUCUGCAGGCACGACUCAUCCUCAAGCGGUGGUAUCACAAGUCAAUUGAAGAGCAGUCGCAAAAACACGCCUUCUUCAAGGGCUUAUGAAGAUAUUCUGGUAGAAGCGACAAACCACCUUUCUUUCGAUGAGAUUCAGCAUGAGCAGGAACUGCUUCAUGGAGUUGCUGAUGAAGUUGACCGGAAUGAAAAAACGAUCAACGACCUGCUCCUUGGGUUAGAGUUUCAUCUGAAUCGUAUGAAGAAAGGAACCACCUACGAAUUAGCAGAAAAGCAAGACCCAUCAUAUGUUUCCAAUCGAGAACUUCAGCUAGCGUUCUUGCGAGCGAGCAGGUUUGAGCCUAAAGCCUCAGCUGAGAAACUGAUUAGAUUCUUCAAAUACAAACAAGACCUCUUUGGCGAGGAGAGCUUGGUUCGGGACAUCACUGCACAAGAUUUGGACCAAGAUGAACGUUCUUCCCUUGAAAGCCGACGGCUUUCAUAUAUGUUCCAGCAGCCCAUUAGAAUCCAUGAAUGUCAAUAUUUGCUCACAAGCUAUGGUAUAACUAGAGGAGCCCUUCCUUUGAACGGACCGGAAAGUGAGAUCGACUUUAGUGCUCACAGUGCUUGGUUUCAGAGACGAGUACUUCGAGAGAAAGAGCAACGACAACAAGUUCCAGUACGCAUUCCUUUUUCUAAUGUCUCUAUAGCGCAAAAACGGAGCGUGCUCUGCCAUGACACCGUAUCAGCCCCAAACAGCGGCAAUGAAAACGAUGUCUUGUCAUUGGGUCAAAGAGUCAAAGGUUUGGGAAACGAACGGCUACAUUCCUUGGCGCUUAUUUAUUCCAAAGCGUAUGCCAAUGCAGAUAUUUCCAAUCGACGCACCAUUGUAGCUUGGAUCAUUGAUGAAGUCCACAGACAUGGCGGUAGAUUUCUGAAGCCGGACCCUCAAGGAUCGAAAGCAGAUUCAAUGUUAUCAAAGGAUGAAGGGAAGAUCAUUUGGGUGGAACUAUCAUCAGAGGAACAACGUGCUAAGAUCACACAGCUCUUCCGAAAUUUGCGUCGUCGACGUUCAAUCACAUCAACAAUAUCAAGGCCUCCAGUACAUGUAGAACAGAUCGGCCAACACGACGUCUUGUUUGGGCCACAGUCCGAUAAUCCAGGCAAUCGGCGACUGCGAGAACUCGUUGUCGGGCUAUUAGAAAAGUACGACCGCACCGAUCGUGGAGAGAAAAAGAACACAGUGUCGCAAUUGAUCGAACGCAUACGGCAUAAAGGUGGUCGUUUUCUAAAGCCCUCCAUAGAUGGAACAAGAUGGGAGGUGGUAUCGGAUGAAGCGGCCCGUGAGAAGGUGUCCAAGCAAUUUCGAAAUAUUCGAAGGGCACUAGUUCGACGAGGAUGUGAUGAGAAAGCAGGUCACUCCUGA